UCAGUGUCCUUGGGAUCCAUGGAAUUACCACACAACGUCACGGAAUUUAUCAUUCUGGGACUCUCACAGAAUCCGAAAGUACAGAGAGCUCUCUUUCUGGUCUUUUUGAUCACUUAUAUGGUAACUGUUUGUGGCAACAUGCUUAUUAUGGUCACUGUCACCUUCAGUCAAACCCUGGCCUCCCCUAUGUAUUUCUUCCUGGCCCAUCUGUCCUUUAUUGAUACUUGCUAUUCUUCUUCUAUGACCCCUAAACUCAUUGCUGACUCCUUGUAUGAAGGGACAGCCAUCUCUUAUGUAGGCUGCAUGACUCAGCUCUUUGGAGCCCAUUUUUUGGGAGGUGCUGAGAGCAUUCUGCUUAUAAUUAUGGCCUAUGAUCGCUACGUGGCCAUCUGCAAGCCCCUGCACUACACAACAAUCAUGACCAGGCAUCUCUGUGCCUUCCUUGUGGGUGUGGCUUGGCUGGGAGGCUCUCUGCAUUCAUUGGUUCAGCUCCUCUUUGUCCUUCCACUGCCAUUCUGUGGUCCCAAUGUGAUCAAUCACUUUAUCUGUGACUUGUACCCCUUAUUGGAACUUGCCUGCACUAACACGUAUGUCAUUGGUCUGCUGGUGGUUGCCAACAGUGGUGUGAUCUGUCUGUUGAGCUUCUUGAUGCUGGCUGCCUCCUACAUUAUCAUCCUGUACUCCUUGAGGUCCCACAGUGCCGAGGGGAGGCGCAGAGCCCUUUCCACCUGUGGGGCCCACUUCACUGUUGUCACCUUGUUCUUUGUACCUGGCAUAUUUACUUAUAUGCGCCCAUCCUCUACAUCACCUAUAGACAAAAACAUGGCAGUGUUUUAUGUUAUUCUGAUACCUAUGCUGAAUCCAAUCAUUUAUACCCUGAGAAAUGAAGAAGUAAAAAAUGCUAUGAGAAAGCUCUUCAUGGAAUAA